UUGCACUGUGUCCUGUUGGACAUUUAAACUUUUAAAGCCCUGCUGGCUCAGCUGUGACACAGUGUACAGAAGUCAGACCACAGCUCACUGACUGAGCUUUUAUUCCAAAACUCUGGAUCCUUCCUUUGCUUCAUCCUUUAGUAGAACUCAUAUUGCACCUUCUUCACAAUGGGUUCUAUAGUGGCAAAGUUAUUGCUGCCAACCAUCAGUAGCCUGGCAUUUCUGCCAACCAUUAGCAUCGCUGCCAAGAGGCAAUUUCAUAUGGAAGCUAUGGUUUAUUUCUUCACCAUGUUCUUCAUAGCGAUCUAUCACGCAUGUGAAGGCCCUGGCUUGUCUGUACUGUGCUUUAUGAGAUAUGACCUGUUGGAAUAUUUUAGCAUUUAUGGAACUGCACUGUCCAUGUGGGUGUCACUCAUAGCGUUGGGCGACUUUGAUGAACCAAAGAGGUCCACACUUGUGAUGUUUGGGGUCCUCACUAUUGCUGUGAGAAUAUUCCAGGACCGCUGGGGUUAUGGUGUCUACUCAGGACCCAUUGGGACAGCAGUGCUCAUUAUAUCUGUAAAAUGGCUAACAAAAAUGAAGGAAAAGAAAGGGCUGUAUCCGGAUAAAAGUGUUUACACUCAACAAAUCGGACCUGGCUUCUGCUUUGGGGCUCUGGCAUUAAUGCUGCGCUUCUUUUUUGAGGAGUGGGAUUACACCUACGUGCACAGCUUUUACCACUGCUCGUUGGCCAUGUCUUUUGUUCUUCUGCUGCCUAAAGUCAACAAGAAAGCGGGCAAUGGAGGAACCCCAGCCAAGCUGGACUGGCAUACGUUCUGCUGUUGUGUCUAAACGUCAUGGGCACCAACUGGUACCUUUAGGAACUUUGAUCAUCUCCUCUCCUAUGAAAUAAUGACAUUUCCAAAUCUUUAACCUAGGAUGUAUCCAACAACAUGAGAAGUUUUCACUGCGUUAUUGAGACUGUAUUUUAAUAGGAAAGGACUAGUCUAGUCAGUUCUAUAGAGGCAUUACUUCCAAAGGGUCAUACAUUGCAUUGCUUUAACUUCUCUGCUGUCACAAAAAAGUGGCAAAGUGUUUCCUGAACAUUGUAUGUGUACUGUUGAUUGACCCUCUCAAUGUCAAUGGUCCUGGACAUUGGCUAGUGAUCUUGAUAUAUCAGAGUAGAUAAAAUGUAAUAAUAUAUUUUAUUUAUAUAGCUUUUUUAAUGGUGUGAUAUGUUACGUUCCAAGUUUUUAAGGGUGUCGGGAAAGAGUCUAAUAUACAUACAAGAACCAGGGCUGAAAUUAUUAGACUAUCAACAAAGGACACAAGGGUUAAAACAAUGAUGUCACUGAUGAAAUAAGUGAACUGAUUUACAUGUGCAAGCCUUAGCUAAGCUGAAACACAAACUAAAUAGCUUGGGGGGGGGGGGAAUAAAAAGAGUUGAUUGUUGCACUAAACAAAACAUACAUCAUAUCAGUACAAACUAAUAUAGAGGUGUCAAAAUCCAUUCAAUGGGGCCGAUUUAUCAAGGGCCAAACAAAAGUUAUGAAGCAGCGGUCUUAAGACGACUGCUCCUUAACUGGUCCGACGACUCUGAGGCUGCGGACAUCAAUCCUCCCGGUCGUGUACGAUCGGGCUGAUUGACAGCCCCUGCUAGUGGCCAAUUGGCCGCAAAUCUGCAGGGGGCAGCAUUGCACAAGCAGUUCACUAUAACUGCUUGUGCAAUGUUAAAUGCUGACAGUAUUCAGCGAUGUCUGGCGGACAUGAUGUGCUACAGCGUAUCAUGUCCGCCAGACAAUGAUAAUUUGGCCCCUUUGUGUGCCAUAAACAGUCCACAGUUUUAGGCUAGCCAUGUAUAAACCUAUGUGAAGUUAUCAGGCACAGUUACUUUAUCUAAGUUAUACAAGAGUGAAAAAAUAAAAUACAUAUCCUAUUGUCAUAUAAAAAACAACAGUUAAACAUUUGAAUAUGUUUUAUGCUUAAAGUAAAUGUUAAAGGGACAGUCUACUUGGAAAAAAUGUAUUGUUUAAAAAGAUAAAUAAUAAUGUCUAACUGUUAAAAACUGUCAAAAUGCACUGAGAUAAGAGGCCUCCUUCAAUGGCUUAGAAAUCAGUUUAUGAGCCUACCUUGGUUUAGCUUUCAACAAAGAAUACCAAGAGAACAAAGCAAUUUUGAUCAUACAAAUAAAAUGGAAAGUUGUUUAAAUUGUAUGCCCUAUCUGAAUCAUGAAAGUUAAAUUUUGACUUGACUGUCCCUUUAAAAGAAAUUAUUUUAUAAUUACAAUGAUAUUAGCAAGGGAAAAUUACCAUGCUUUGUUAUUCAUUUUCAUUGGCUUAGUGAGUCGGCAUCCACAGCUCUAGUGCUUAACAAAGUCCAUAGGUCUGACAAAAAAAGCAGGAUUAUUCAGCACUACAAUCUCAGUUUUAGAAAAACAGCAAUAUAUUUUAAGAUACCUUUCUUGGGAUGGCAAAUGACACACAAUGUUAAUUUGUAACAUUAUUUUGGGCUGCACAUGCUUACUAAUAGUAUUAAGAUAUAUUUUCUUUUUUUUUUCUUUUUUUACAUAAUAAGAUUAUUUUAUUAAUUAUUUGUAAAUGAUGUUUUUAUACUUUGCUAAUUUUUCAGCUUCUUGUAAGAUGAGAAUUAUUGAGUUGCUUGGACAGUGAGAUCAUUGGUGUUUGAUUAUUAUAUUACUUUGAAAUAAAUGAUACUUUGUAUUAAACAAA